AUGGCGAACGAAACUUUCCUCGCCCGGCUCUGCGAGCAGGCCGAGCGCUACGAUGAGAUGGUCACAUACAUGAAGGAGGUGGCCAAGCUGGGCGGCGAGCUAACCGUUGACGAGCGCAACCUGCUCUCAGUGGCCUACAAGAACGUUGUUGGCACCCGCCGCGCCAGCUGGCGCAUCAUCUCCUCGAUCGAGCAGAAGGAGGAAUCCAAGGGCUCCGAUAAGCACGUCGCUACCAUUCGCGAGUACCGUCACAAGAUCGAGAGCGAGCUGGAGAAGGUCUGCCAAGACGUCCUCGAUGUCCUGGAUGAGUCCCUUAUUCCCCAUGCCGCCACAGGCGAGUCCAAGGUCUUCUACCACAAGAUGAAGGGUGACUACCACCGUUAUCUCGCCGAGUUCGCAUCCGGCGAGAAGCGCAAGGUUGCCGCUACUGCUGCCCACGAGGCUUACAAGAGCGCUACCGAUGUCGCCCAGACGGAGCUGACUCCGACGCACCCCAUCCGCUUGGGUCUGGCCCUUAACUUUUCCGUCUUCUACUACGAGAUCCUCAACUCGCCCGACCGGGCCUGCCACCUCGCCAAGCAGGCAUUCGACGACGCAAUCGCCGAGCUUGACUCCCUCUCGGAGGAGUCGUACCGCGACAGCACCCUCAUCAUGCAGCUUCUCCGGGACAAUCUCACCCUCUGGACCUCGUCCGACAAUGGCGAGCCCGAGGGUGCUGCUGACGCUCCUAAGGAGGAUAAGGUCGAGAAGGACACCGAUGGCAAGCCCGAGGAGCCCACGCCUGAGCAGCAGCAGUAA